UUAACAGAUCAAGGAUAUCAGUUUGGUUUCAAGAUGAUUUGGGUAUCAACCAUAAAAGUGGAGAUAUCUCUCUCCUAAUGACAUCAAACCCCAUAGUCUGUGACUGUGGGCUGUACGAGCUGAUGCUGAACUUGGAUGUGGCCAAACAAGGUGCCCUUUUCACAAAAACGGAUUUCCGAGAUAUGGAAUGUGCAUUUCCCGAUGCGCUCAGUGGUAGAAGGGUGGUAGAUCUCAAACCUUCAGAGCUGUGGUGCUCAGAGGAGUGCUACAAGCGGCCACACUAUUUCUGUUCCUGCUAUGAGCAUGCAGGUAAGCUGUUUAUGUCCCAUCUGGCCCCUUUUUGUAAGCUAGAACGAAUGGCCUGUCCGUCAGAAUGUUCGUGCUCCUUCCAAGGGCAGCUGCAUUCGUCUACUGCUCCUUACAAUGAGAAAGUGAAUUGUGCCUGGAGGAACUUGUCUUCUAUCCCAGAUGACAUUUCAAAUGUCACAAUAAUCCUUCAUUUGGAAGGGAAUCAGUUGAUCGUCAUCAGUCAAGCCGUUCUUCCCCAACUUUUGAUGAUACGAGAACUUUACUUAAAUGACAAUAACAUCUCAUAUGUUGGCGAUCAGGCUUUCAAAAACUUACUCUCACUUGAAAUCCUUCGGCUCGAUGGAAACAACAUCUCUGAGUUAAACAGCACGGUUUUUAAGUCCCUCUCUAAUCUUCGUGAACUGUACCUAAAUCAUUCUGGUGUACAGUAUCUAGCAGCUGAUAUGUUCCAAGACCUUGCAAGCUUACAAGAACUACACUUGGAGAACAACUGGCUACAGUCCCUGCCUGAAAACAUGUUUGAUGGUUUGAAAAAGCUGCGAUCACUCAGCAUUCAUGGCAAUCCGCUCCACUGUGAGUGUGAUGUCCUGUGGUUCACAAACUGGCUGCGGAGUAGAGAGUCCUUUUUGUCUCAAGGACAUAACGUGAGCUGCUUAGUAAAUACAAAAGUAAAGCGGGAUAUUUUGAGUUUGUCGUCUGCACAACUUGACUGCAAUGGCCUACAGGCCGCCCAAGCACGAACUAGGCUCAUUGUAGGCCUGUCAAUCCCGUUGGUUCUUGUGACGAUCAUUUUGGUUUGUGUGAUCAUCAUCGUGAAACGAAAGGAAGACAUCCAAGUCUACCUGUAUGCCAGGUAUGGAUGGCGUUUCCAAGAAGAAGAAGAAGACGAAGACAAGGAGUAUGACGCCUUCUUAUCGUACAGUCAGCACGACUUAGACGUGGUAAUGCACGACGUCUUGCCAGCACUCGAGAACAGGGAGCCGCCGUAUCGCGUCUGUUUGCACCACCGCGACUUCCUCCCGGGUAUCCCGAUAGCAGAGAACAUCGCAAACGCUGUAAACUCGAGCAAGAGAACGAUCAUUCUUCUGUCCAACAACUUCUUGGAGAGUGACUGGUGUCAGUUUGAAUUCCAGGCUGCGCAUGCGCAAAUGCUGCAGGACAGGGCUAAUCGCGUGAUUGUGGUUUUACUGGAUGACGUCCCCGCCGAAAACGCUCCUCCGGACAUUCAGCAUUACCUGAACACGAACACGUACCUGAAGUGGGGGGACGAGCGCUUCUGGGAACGGCUGAUAUACGUCAUGCCGCGUCCAAGACAGCAUGCGCAAGACAUGGAUGCGCAAAACAUGGACGGGGAUCAGCUAGUCUUGGUUGAGCUGGACCACAAUGGGUGACCCCCAUUGACCUCAUUUUGCACAGCGACAGAAAUGUCAAACAAACUAA